AUGGAGUCACUAGCACCCGUUCUCAAUUACGACAUUCUCCUAGAGGUCAUGAAGAUGUGCGAAAGGCCUGACUGCUCUCGGUUCAUGCGGACCUGUCGGUUCUUCCACACGCACGGGUUCGAAGCGUUGCUCUCGCAUGACAUUUCCACGUCCACAGAAGAGGACCUCACGCGCGUCCUCGCCUUUUUGCGGAAGGACCCUGACAAGCGCUUCAAAUUCGUGCGCUCUAUGCAAUUCGACUUUCCCGAACUCACCGACACUGCGACUCUGGAGCUAGCCGACGCGCUGCGCCGAAUGGUCAACCUCACAGCUCUGUCGAUACAGUACAGCGAGGAUAUAAUCCUGUCUGAACCAGAACCAGCCCUCUUCGACGCAAUCGCGGCGCUCACCUCUCUGCGAGAGCUGGAUUUGCACUAUGCCGGAGAGCAUUCCAUCCGCUUGCUACAAUCCCUCCGUUCGGAGCUGGUUGAAGUGAACGUUCACAUCCUCGAUAUGACCGACUGCACGUGCUUCUUUGACACUGUACCGGCUGACGACCGGCCACUGUAUCACCCCGCCGUGCUCCUGCAACACUCCAGGUCCACCCUCCAGGAGCUGUUUACUUAUGAAUGGUACAUGGAUGCCGACACCCCUCCCGACCCUACGCUCGUCUAUCCACAAAUGUGGCGGCUCGACCUUGAGCGCUCCCUCUUCCCGUGCACCCUUCCCCUGAUUAACGCGUACCCAAACCUCACCCACCUCUGCUUCCACACGGGUGAGAGCGAGCACCAACAGUACCUCCAGUCUAAGAUUGAAGCGUACGACACACGCCACGCCCUCAACGUCUCCCAGCAGCAGGCCUCGGUCCGCACCUGGGAGUCGCUGCACGAAUACAGCGGGAGCCUCGUCGAUCUCUACCUCCUCGGCCUCACCUGCCCCAUCAACAGGGUCUACCUGCACAGCAUGCCCACCGUCCUCCGUCAUAUGCUGCCCACCGUGCUCGCCUACGCGCGCCCGCGGGACCUUACGCUGCAGAACUGGCCCAUGCAGCUCCGCGACAAUCAUCCGGCCGAGGUGUUCGCAGCGCUCCGCGGGGAGGGAGUCUCGCGGCUCGAAGCGUUCUGCAUCGAAGCAAGGCUGGAACAAGACGACGGCGCCGUCGACAUCGCCGCUGUGCUCGAGGGCCUCCGGGCAUCACUUCUGAGCGCGCCGCUGCAGGAGCUGCGCAUGAACAUCGGGAUGCAGCCCGACUGCGAGUCUGUCGCCGCCCGUGCUCAGUGGCACCCUCGUGAUCCCCCUCCCGACCGCGAGGAGUCCCCGAGUAUGUGCUUAGCGGAGCGCUCGGCGGAGGACUUUGACCUCGAGGGCUGCCUGCGUCAGUUCAUGGAGGACGUCCCGACGCUGCGACGCGCGAAUAUUGAAUUGAACGGCCCGAAAGACCGGUGGCGUUUUGCGACGAUUGUCGAUGGGAAGCUGCAAAUUGAAGAGCGGCGCUCGUAG